GGGGCCUGUGGGAGGUGGCGCGGCGGGGCCCGGCUGCGGGGCGGAGGCGGCGGAGAGGCCUGUGGCGGCAGGGAGCAGCGGGGCCGGGAGCGGGCGCUGGAGCCGAGCCGAGCCGAGCCGGAGUGGGCGGCGCAGGCCGGCGCGGCGAGCAGCCACCAUGUCGGUGUUCGGGAAACUGUUCGGGGCAGGAGGGGGCAAGGCCGGCAAGGGCGGCCCGACCCCUCAGGAUGCCAUCCAGCGGCUGCGGGACACGGAGGAGAUGCUAAGUAAGAAGCAGGAAUUCCUGGAGACUAAGAUCGAGCAGGAGCUGACCGCCGCCAAGAAGCACGGCACCAAAAACAAGCGCGCGGCCCUCCAGGCCCUGAAGCGCAAGAAGAGGUAUGAGAAACAGCUAGCGCAGAUCGAUGGCACACUGUCAACCAUCGAGUUUCAGCGGGAGGCCCUGGAGAACGCCAAUACCAACACUGAGGUGCUCAAGAACAUGGGCUAUGCUGCUAAGGCCAUGAAGGCUGCCCACGACAACAUGGACAUCGAUAAAGUUGAUGAAUUAAUGCAGGACAUUGCUGACCAGCAAGAACUUGCAGAGGAGAUUUCAACAGCUAUUUCAAAACCUGUAGGAUUUGGAGAAGAGUUUGAUGAGGAUGAGCUCAUGGCAGAAUUAGAAGAACUAGAACAGGAGGAACUAGACAAGAAUUUGCUGGAAAUCAGUGGACCCGAAACAGUCCCUCUACCAAAUGUUCCCUCUAUAACCUUACCAUCAAAACCCACCAAGAAGAAGGAAGAGGAAGAGGAUGACAUGAAGGAAUUGGAGAACUGGGCUGGAUCCAUGUAACUGGUCCAGUGCAGCUGGGCCCAGACAGACUCUGGUGACCCGUGCAGCGGGCA